UAAUGAGUCAAUCUGUUGAUCAAUCAGAAGGGUUCAUAUGGGAUGUGCAAGCAGUGAGAGUCUGUAUUCUGCACAGAGAAGCCAGAGAUGAAGCUCACACAUUCGCUCCUCUGCCUGUUCGUGUUCGUGUCCUCUGCCUUGUCAGAGGACACAGUCGUGAACCCUAGAGGUGCUCGUCCUAUUGAACACGGCUACAAGGCACAAGACACCUGUAAGACAAACGAAUGGCCUUUGUGUACAGAUGAUGACUGGGGAACCAAAUGUCCAUCCGGCUGCCGAAUUCAAGGCCUCAUAGACAAAGCUGACCAUGAUAUCAUCAAGAAGAUUGAUAAGAUUCGUCGUCUCCUGAACGAGGGCCAGAAACUGUAUCGCUCCACUGAUCAAGUGUCCAAAAACACUUAUACUUACCUAAGAGAGCGACUGACCUCUAGCGCCGGUAAUGAUAACAGGUACAGCACCUUGGCUGAACAGUUGAGACAGAGGAUUACUGAUAUCAAGAUUAAAAUUGACCGUCAGCUUCGGUUACUGGACGCUCUGAAGUCGCAGGUCAAAGAUCAAGUUGUUGUAAUUCAGCGACUUGAGGUGGACAUUGACAUCAAACUACGCACAUGCAAGGGCUCUUGCGCCAGCUACAGUGAGUUCUCGGUGGACAGGGAGAGCUAUGUGGCUCUGGAGAAGCAAAUGGACAAUCUGAAUGCUUUGCGUGUACAGAGCGUGGAGACCGUCAGUUCCCUGGGAAUCAUGAAAAGCAGGCCGUUGAAAGACGUGGUUUUACCAUCCAUAUAUAAGAGUGGAACGGGCAAAGCUGAGCAGAAGCAGCUCCUCUUCGGAGACGUGGGUCAGAUGCAGCUUACUCUGGAGGCGGAAGGUUCCACUGCCAAAUCUGCCGCCACUGUUAGCAAGUUCCCCACAUCAGGUAUGGGCUCAACUUCCUCCUCUUCAUCACAUACCUCCUCCUCCACCUCCACCAUCAAGCAGUGCACCAAGUCACUGCGCAAAGUGAUAACGCACACCAAAGAAGGGCCCGUGGAGAAGAUUGAGGUUUCGGCAAGUGGGCCCGGGUGUGAAGAUUUAGGAAAACUUGGUGGAGAUGAAAAGUCCAUCACUACUCUCUCUCAUGGCACCGAUGACCUAGGUGGCUUCGGUGGAGGUUUCUUCACGGGGCUUGGCACUGAUACCCAAAGAUUAUCCUCAUCCUCAACCUCCUCGAAAACAGUUGUGUCAGAUGGAAGCAAAAGUUACUCAAAGACCACCCUCUCUAGCGACCCAAAUUUUGGGGAUGACUUUGGUGCUUUCAUGCGUGGCGACGUGGAAGAAGAUCUACCCGACAUCCACGCACGAAGUGUGAAAUCACGCGACGAGCGCAAGGCUGCCUUUGUUGGUGGAGAUUGCGCUGAAAUCCUGCAGAAGCAUGCGAAUGGCGGUCAGAGCGGCCUGUUCAAAAUAAAGCUGGCCGGGUUGGAAGAGGUAGAGGUUUACUGUGACCAGGGCACUGGAUUGGGGGGCUGGACUCUGGUUCAGCAGAGAGAGGAUGGGUCUGUUAACUUCAAUCGCACUUGGAAGGAGUAUCAAAAUGGUUUUGGCCGGUUAGACCAGCAGGGUAAGGGUGAGAUCUGGAUCGGCAACAAAUUUCUACACCUUCUCACUCAGAAAGAGAGUCUUCUGAGACUGGAGCUGCAGGACUGGGAUGGGAAUGAGGCCUACGCCGAGUACAAUUUUAGAGUUGGCUCGGAGGCCGAGGGCUUUCCGCUGACCGUGUCAGAUUACGUGGGUGAUGCAGGUGAUGCGUUAGUGCAAGGGCAGCCUAACCUCGGAUCCUUCCUUUCACACGCUGGCAUGAAGUUUAGCACCUUUGAUAGGGACAGUGAUAAGUGGGAGGAGAACUGUGCGGUAAUGUACGGUGGAGGGUGGUGGUACAAUAACUGCCAGUCAGCCAACCUUAAUGGGAUUUACUAUAAAGGAGGCCAGUACGACCCCGGCACCACAGUCCCUCAUGAGAUUGAGAAUGGUGUUGUGUGGCUGCCUUUCAAACCAGCUGAUUACUCCCUAAAAGUAGUGAGAAUGAAGGUCAGACCUGUCUAAA